AUGUCUACGGAAAUCAAGUCGUCCGAGAUGGGCCAUGACACUACGAGCUAUACUAUAGAUGCAGAGAGUGGGAAAGUCCCAGAAACCAAAAACAUUGAGACUGAUUCCUAUCUUGUUACAUUCAAUACACCAGCCGACCCCGAUAACCCAUUACAGUGGCCUGUGGCGAAGAAAUGGGUCGUCACAGGUGUCUUGUCCGCAACAGGCCUCAACCGUAUCAUGGUCUCGACUAUUAUGGCGCCGGCCCUAAUCGAUAUUGGCUCCUCACUUCACAUGAACCAGGAGGAGUCGGUAAUGGGGAUGUCUGUUUAUCUUCUGGCUACGGCUUUCGGCCCUUUGGUUAUCGGCCCAUUGUCUGAGGUAUAUGGCAGACAGCCUGUGCUACAUGUGACCAAUAUCUGGUUUCUGGUAUGGAACAUAAUCUGUGGAUUUGCAAAUGGGAAGGGACUACUCAUUGCCUCGCGUCUGCUUGCGGGCCUUGGAGCCAGUGCCAUCUACGCACUUGCUGGUGGUGUCCUCGGUGACAUUUGGCCUUCCGAGCAACGGGGAAGGUCCAUGGCCCUCUAUAUCCUCAUUCCCAUGCUUGGUGCUGCAGUUGGUCCCAUUGUGGGUGGUUUCAUCACUGAAGCUACCACCUGGAGGUGGAUCUUCUGGUCAACCUCUAUUCUUCAGGCUGUCAUGGUCGCUGGUUCCUUUUUGGCAUUCAAAGAAACAUAUGCUCCCAUCAUCCUCCAGCGUAAAGCCAACCUAGUUCGGAGGUCAACGGGCAAUAGUCAAUACUACACCGAGAUGGAAAAACUUGCCAGUGGCCGAUCAUCAUUGUGGGUCAUACAGAGAAGCUUGACUCGUCCUUUACGGUUACUAGCCUUUCACCCUAUUAUCCAAGCGCAAAGUCUCCUUUCAGCUUUUGAUUAUGGCAUUUUGUAUCUUAUGCUAUCAUCCUUUUCCGAUCUGUGGACAACUCAGUAUGGUGAAUCUGUCGCUAUAAGUGGUUUACAUUACAUUGCUAUCUGUCUGGGUGAAAUCGUCGGAGUACUGAUCACUGGCCACACCAUGGACGCUUCUUUCCGCUGGUUGAAGUCUAGAGCACAUGGUGCUGAUCAGCCCGAAUACCGUAUGCCGCUAGUGAUACCAUCUGUGAUACUCAUGCCUGUUGGUCUCUUAAUGUACGGCUGGGCUGCACAGGCGAAUACGUUCUGGCUCGUCAUAGAUGUCGGCGCCGCAAUACUCGCAUUCGGCAUGACAUUUGCCGGACAAGCCUUUCAGGCAUAUGUUAUCGAUACUUACGCCGACCAUACUAGCUCCGCAUCUGCCGCCUCUCAAUUCAUUCGCAGCCUGACGGCGUUUGGAUUUCCGCUCUUUGCCCCGGCCAUGUACAAUGCUCUAGGAUAUGGUUGGGGGAAUACGCUGUUGGCAUUUCUUACGCUCAUCAUUAUGAUACCAGCGCCACUGCUGAUAUGGUUCUACGGACCUGGACUCCGGCAGAGGGCUCGGUCGAGUUAUUAA